AUGAAUAUCGACACGAUCCCCGACUUCCUUGCAGAGCAACGGGAUGCAGCGCCCGCAGACUUGCAACACUUCUUCAUCUCAUUCGAGGACCUCUGGGAGCGGAAGCUGUGGCACCAGUUGACAGAUACCUUGAUAGAGUUCUUCAACCAUAGAGAGAGCGCCGGCCAGCGAUUACCGCUCUACAAGACCUUCAUUCUUACCUUCGCAGAUAAGAUCAACCAGCUGAAGCUUGUCACUCUUGCCUUGAGUGCCGCUACGCAAUGCAGAGACAGUCAAGAGCGGCUGUCUUUCCUCACCUCUGUGGCAAGCAAAGUCAACAACCCCAAUUCACAAGAUGCCUAUGUCUACGCCACUGUUGCAGUAGCUACGGUAAAGCUGGAGUUAAAGGAUCUGGAGGGCGCGCGCGUUGAAUUAGACAAGUCAGAGAAGAUUUUGGAUAGGUUUGACUCUGUUGAGACUAUCGUACACGCUGCAUUCUACCGGGUGAACGCAGAAUACUAUCAGUCCAAACUUGAAUUCGCUUCCUAUUACAAAAAUGCACUUCUCUACCUAGCGUGCAUCGACCUGAACGAUUUGACUCCUGCUGAACGGAAGAGUCGCGCUUAUGACCUUAGCAUCGCAGCUUUGGUUUCAGAUACGAUAUACAAUUUCGGAGAACUACUGCUACACCCCAUCUUGGAUUCUCUUGUGAAUGAGGAUGCAUGGCUGCGUGAUCUUCUUUUCGCCUUUAACCGUGGAGACUUGGCUGCAUACGACGUUCUCGCUGGCCACAUUUCCUCGAACCCACUCCUUGCAGAACAUCGAGAAGGCUUGAGACAAAAGAUCUACCUCGCUGCCCUUACCGAGGCGGUAUUCCGAAGACCUCCCCAUGACCGCGCCAUGUCUUUCCGCACCAUCGCCGAAGAGACUAAGGUCAGACCUGACGAGAUUGAGCAUUUGAUUAUGAAGGCGUUGAGCUUAGAAUUGUUGAGGGGAAGCAUUGACCAGGUCGAUGAGAUUGCGAGAAUCAACUGGGUACAGCCCAAGGUUUUAGACAUGAAGCAGAUCGACAACAUGCGUUUAAGGUUGCAGGAAUGGGAUUCAAGUGUCAACUCGCUGGGUCACUGGAUUGAGUCGAAGGGUCAGGAUGUUUGGGCGGCAUAA